UCCGCAAGGUUGAUGCCUUCCUUGGACAGACGCAAAAGAUCAACGUUGAUACUCUCCCAGUUCUCAAGAUGGAGUCCAAUCUGGAGAAUAAUGUCAUUGCGCUGUUGAAGGAGGUUGAGGCAAAGGAUGCAGCGCCCUCUGUACUUCUACUUUAGCCGAUUUUCAACCAAAGGUGUAUCUGAGCAAGGAACAGAUGAUUGCCAAACUUAAUGUCACGUACCUCGCAUUGCUACGGCUUGGGUUUGAGAAGGACGACGUUGAAGAAGCACUUAGACAUACCUACACUGGAGAAUCUGAAGACGCAUUAGACUGGCUUUGUAUGCAUCUGGAUUCGGAAAAGCUUCCUCGAGGAUUUGUUGAUAAGGCCUACCAUGAAGAAGAGAUGAAGAUUUCAAUCCACGCGUCCCAACCAUUCGCGGCAGAUCAUAAGCCCUCAUUACCAGAGUCCGCCACGAUGUCAUUACCGUCCACAGGACACCCACAAAAGGAUAUCGUCUCUCAAACAGAGCCAGAUCCAGCCUCAGUUAAAGAUUCUGUACCAAUAGCAACGACCGGAUCAAAGGAGAAAGAGUGGAUUCUUCAAGCUGCCCUUGCUGAGGAUUCAGAAGAGGAGGCGGAGGAUCCAAACGAACGCUAUGUCAAUUACAAAAUGGCGCUGACAGAACUGACCCAAACCCUUGUGGAGGCAGAGGCACCGGCGGAUCGUAAGGCGAUCUCUCAGAAAAUCGAUACCUUGAACUCCAAAGUGAAUGACCUCGACCUCGACUUUACAUUCAACAAGAAACUGGCGGAGUCGAUGUGGAGGCAGAGGGUGACCGACGAAAAGAAGAAAGCGAAGAAGUCGAAGCGCAAAAAGGAAAAGGAGGUGCUCAAAAAGGAAACUCCGGAGGUGAUGGAGGAGAAUGAUGAUGGGGGGAUGCUUGGAUCUAUGUGGGAUAUGGAAGGCUCGGAUGCAGUGCCGAAUUCUACGCAGCAGCAGCAGCAACAGACCGUGAAGCGGCGACAGAUGGCAAACCCUUCGUGGAGUGGCGGAUCACCCAAGGUCGUCCUAGCAGAGUUUUGUCGCAAGAAAGAUCGCCAUGCAAAAAUCACCUACAAGAAGGCGCCACUGUCGACCCCCACGGUUUCUAUGGCUAUUGUCACGAUUACUUGGGGCAAUGGUAACGUGUCUUCUGCUGAGAUGAGUGAAGAGGGGUGCGAGAACAUGGUCGAGGCGGAGAACUAUGUCGCCACCAAAAUGCUGUACGAGCUCACACCGCUGCCGCUAUAUCGGUCUUUGCCCCCGACAUAUCGCGAUCUUUGGCUCGAGUUGCUCGACGAAAAGGAAAGCGCUGGGAGAGCGGCCAAGAGGGCGGUUGACGGAGAUCGUCUGGCGUUUAUCAAGGCUCUGACCGCCAAGCUACCAAAUCGGGGCACUACUGAUACUCAAGACGAGUCCGGACAGGCUAUGGAUCAAGGACCAGAGGCAGACGAGCAGAAGGACAAGGAGAUUGUGGUUACACCUGCAGGAAAGGCUUUACAAAAAAACUGGCAACAGCGACUUAAAAUGCCCAACCACAUCAAGCUAUUUGAGAAGCGCAAGGAUCUGCCCAUCUACCAGUUCAGGGACCAGGUGCAGACCCUCAUUUCCAGCAACCAGGUCCUGAUUGUAUCUGGAGAGACUGGAUGCGGAAAGAGCACGCAGGUACCACAGUAUCUGGUGGAGUUCAUGCUCGAAUCGGGACUUGGAGAUCGAUGCGAUAUUGUUUGUACGCAGCCUCGUCGAAUCUCAGCCAUCACGAUCGCCAAUCGUGUCUCGGAGGAAUUGGGCGAUCCUAGGAAUUCAGCAGGCAAACCCAAUACGCUGGUCGGAUACCAGAUCCGACUAGAGUCGCGGGUUGCCCCCACCAAUCUUCUGAAGUUUUGUACGACUGGUAUUCUGUUAAGACGCCUAGAGAGCGACAAGGCCCUCAAAGGCGUCACCCACCUGGUCAUUGACGAAGUGCACGAGAGAACGCUGGAGUCGGACUUCUUGUUAAUUAUCCUCAAGAAAUUGCUGCCAAAGCGCCCUGACUUGAAAAUCAUUCUUAUGAGCGCUACCGUCGACUCUGCACGCUUCUCAGAAUACUUUAGCGGAUGCCCUGUGCUCGAAGUCCCUGGAAGGACAUUCCCGGUGUAUAGUCAAUUUUUGGAAGACGUGGUCGAUGCGACAGGAUACACUUUGGAGGAAGAUUCCGAAUAUGCCAUUCGUUAUCGCAAGGAUUUUCAGAGCAAAGGAUCGGUUGAUAUUGCUGGCAAGGGCGCCAGUCGACAAACAGUUCACUUGCAGUGGGAAAACGACAUGGACGGCUAUGUUCCUCAGGAAGCCGAUGCCAGGAUUAUCCUUACAGACGACUCCUUGCAAGGCGCAACCAUGCUGAACCGGACCAAUCAGAUGCUGAGGAGAAUCGAUGAAAACAAGAUCAACUUUGACCUUAUUCAAAUCCUUCUCGAAUACAUCUGCUUCCCCGAGAGCCGACGCGUCUCACAGAACAACGAGUCGGAAGUUCCCUUGCAUAUCCCUGAGGAAGGUGCUAUCUUGAUAUUCCUGCCAGGAAUGCCCGAGAUCCGCAAAGUGUUUGAUGGUCUUAAAGCCAACCGUAGAUUUGCGGACGAAUCUCGAUUCUCGCUCUGGCCACUCCAUAGCUCUGUUUCCUCCGAAGGGCAGAGCCAGGUCUUUGAUAUCCCACCCCCAGGAGUCAGGAAGAUUGUGCUGGCGACCAACAUCGCCGAAACCGGUAUCACCAUUCCGGACGUAACCAUUGUGAUAGACACGGGCAAGUCCAAGCAGAUCAAGUUUGACGAGAAGAAGCGGGUGACGACUCUACAGGAGCGGUUCAUCGCCAAGGCGAAUGCACGGCAGAGGCGAGGACGUGCCGGAAGAGUUCAGGAGGGAGUAUGUUUCCAUCUCUUCUCCAAGACGACCUUCGAGGAGUAUAUGCCCGAAUACCAGAUGCCAGAGAUCAUGCGUAUGCCGUUGGAAGAGCUGUGUCUGAUGAUCAAGAUGUGUGAGCUGGGGGAUAUUGCAGAAGUACUGGAAAGUGCUCUGGACGCACCACCACUCAAAGCUAUCGAGAACGCGAUCCAAGCCCUGCAGGAUGUCCGUGCCCUGACCAAGACGGAGGAGUUGACGCCGUUGGGAAUUCAUCUGUGUAACCUUCCCGUGGAUGUGCAUAUCGGAAAGAUGAUUCUAUUUGGAUCGAUCUUCAAGUGCCUAGACCCUAUUCUUACUAUCGCCGCCAUGCUCAGUUUCAAGUCCCCAUUCGUGACGCCAUUUGGGGCGGAGGACGAGGCGGAUGCUGCAAAGGCGAGAUUCAAGCUAGCGGACUCGGACAUGUUGACCUGGUACAACGCUUAUCUGGGAUGGCGACAGGCAUAUCAGACAAAGCCGAACGGGAUCUACGAUUACUGCCGAAAAAACUUUUUGAGCCACCAGAACCUGAGCAUGAUGGAGGACAUGAAGAAACAGUUCUUGGGCUUCCUAGUCAGUACAGGGUUUGUGCGGGUCGAUGCUGAGACGAAGAGACAUCUAAGCAGGGAGCGAUUUGGUCAUCGAAUAUCAUUCUGCCCUAUCAUCACAGAGUACAACGUUUACCAACGUUCGAUCCCGGUUCUAAAUGCGGCUAUAACAGCAGGCAUGUAUCCGAAAGUGAUGAUGCGGGACGACACACUCAAGGCUUAUGUGACAGGACCGAAGCAGGAAACCGUCUGGAUCCACCCUUCGUCCGUCAACUUUGCCAAGGGAGGAGCCGCGGCUGCUGCGACUGGUCCGGAUAAGAGUCCGUGGUUCGUCUUCAACAGCUUGGUCAAGUCAACGAGGAUGUAUGUUUGGGAGAGCUGUCGCGUGGGACAGUUUCCGCUGGUGCUUUUUGGAGGCGAGUUCUCUGUCAAGCAUCAUGCCAAGCUGGCAACAGUUGAUAAGUGGAUUCAGUUCAAGUGUCAUGCCAAGACUGCGGCUGUGUUCAAGAUGAUGCGCGAAGAACUGGAUAAGGUCCUGCAAAAGCGCAUUGAUGAGCCAGAAAAGGGCACGACUGACAGAGAGGAGCGCUGGCUGGAGAUGAUCGUGGCUAUCCUUGAGGGCGAAGAUGACUCGUUGAGGCUAGAGGACAAAGCAGGGCAUCAGCGGAACAAAGAAAAGAAUGUCUUUCUAGCGUAACGGAGACGUUAUAGAUCCCAAGAGGGUAUAAAAAUGCAUUUCCUUUGCAACCUCAAUAAAUGGAUUCGAUUGUGAUGCC